GUCGUUGGUGCUGCCCAAACGUCCCAAUCAGGUGUUCCACUCGCGAUGACCAGAAACAAGUCAGUUUCACCUCAGCCGGCAACACGAGAACAGCUCGCACACAUACACUCUCACUGAAGGUUGUCAACAAUGGGUUUUGAUGUAUUUACUGUGGUUAUCGAGCCACUCCGACCCGAGUAUUGCAGUGGGCAGAUUGUGGAAGGUUAUAUUACAUUUGCUGCAGAUGAACCAGUGCCUCUUAAAUAUGUAAAACUGACAGCCGGAGGUAUAGGCCAGGUGUCGUGGUACGAUAACGACCAGACGUAUUUUGCGUCGGAAGAAUAUUUCCGGGAAACUCACACCAUUUGGUCUCGUGCAGACCAGACUGAGAAGUUCCCAGCUGGCGAGCACAAGUACCCCUUCGCCUUCCAGAUCCCUGAGGAUAUUCCAUCGUCCUUCCAGAGCGAGAUCGGUAAAGUGGAGUACCUGGUGGAGGCUGUGGCAAAAAGUCCGCUGCUGAAGGCUGUCUCGACCACAGCAGGCUUUUUGGUCAACCAGCCCUAUGAUCUUAAUUCUCACAGCGAUGCAAGGACUGCAAUAAUCCGAGAACGAGAGAAAGCCAUUCGCUGCUGCUGCGCCCGGUGGGGACCCAUCACCCUGACUCUGGCGGUAGAGAGAAAAGGCUUCGUCAGAGGAGAGAACAUAGUCAUCAACGGGGAGAUUGUGAACAACAGUGGGUCCACCAUCAAGUACACGGAGGCCAAAAUUGUGCAGAAGAUCACCUACAUCACCAGUGCCUCAAAGAUGACAGUAAAGCGUACGAUCCAACGCGUCUAUCACCCACAGCUUCAGUCAGGCAGAACCGACGAGUGGUCACGUGUCCUCCUCCCAGUGCCUGCAGCCACACCCAGCUACCUCGUGAACUGUAACAUCAUUAACGUGGAGUAUAACUUGGUCUUUGAAGCCAUACUCGGGAAGUGCAAAAGAGCAAAGAUAAAAGAGAAUAUCAUCAUUGGGUCUGUCCCGCUGGCAGGCACCGCUGUCGCUCCCCACACAUCUGUUGGGGAUGGCGGAGCAGUCCUGGCGAACCCCGUAGGCCAUGAAGACUCCCCAAGUUCUGAGGAAUCUCGUCGGCCAGGUCAAGGAGGUGAUGAACCCCCUCCGUACAACAGGAUCGUCAUGUCUGAGGAGUAUGCGAAUGUCCCUCCCCCUUCCUACGAUUCCUGCGUCUUCAGCGGCGGACGGCAGAGCGCUGUUGAUAAUGACAGUGACAGUGAUGAGGGCGGCUUUGUCCCACACUAUAUCACAUACAGAAGAAAUUAAAUAUAUUUUUUUUCGUACUUUGGGUCUUUUUAUGUAGAUAUUUUACAUGAUUUUUACACAUUUGUUACUUAUGCUGAGCAGUUGUUAAGUUUAUAAGAUUGUGUUGAUAUGUUUUAAUGAUCAUUCCCUCUACUAAUGACUGGUUUUGUAGUUAGAUUUUUUUAUGUUUAAUUACUCUGAUUUAGCGAAAAUUAAGAGUCUUUAACUCCCUCAUGAGAACGGCCAUCAGCCAAGGGUUCGGACAGGAUGGAUGCUACCCCGGCUACCCCUUCUUCUCAAGCAGGGGGACGACCCAUCUACGACAAACCCGACCCUGAAAAACGGGAGAG